GCAAAGUUCGAGAAGUGCCUAUGGCCAUGAGUGAGCUGGGCACUCGGAAGCCCAGCGAUGGCACUGUUUCUCAUCUGCUCAAUGUGGUGGAGAGCGAGCUUCAGGCAGGGAGGGAAAAAGGCGACCCUACGGAGAAGCAACUUCAGAUCAUCCUGGAGGAUGCACCUCUCUGGCAGAGAUUCAAGGAAGUCACUAAUGAGAUGAUUGUGACCAAGAAUGGCAGACGGAUGUUUCCAGUCCUGAAGAUUAGUGUCACAGGGUUGGACCCCAAUGCCAUGUACUCCCUCCUGCUGGACUUUGUCCCUACGGACAGUCACCGCUGGAAGUACGUCAAUGGGGAAUGGGUGCCCGCUGGCAAGCCAGAGGUCUCCAGCCACAGCUGCGUCUACAUUCACCCAGACUCCCCCAACUUUGGGGCCCACUGGAUGAAAGCUCCCAUCUCCUUCAGCAAAGUGAAGCUGACCAACAAGCUCAAUGGAGGCGGGCAGAUAAUGUUGAAUUCUCUGCAUAAGUAUGAACCCCAGGUUCACAUAGUGCGUGUUGGAAGUGCCCAUCGAAUGGUAACGAACUGCUCCUUCCCUGAAACCCAGUUCAUAGCCGUGACUGCGUAUCAGAAUGAGGAGAUAACAGCUCUCAAAAUCAAGUACAAUCCUUUUGCCAAAGCCUUCUUGGAUGCCAAGGAAAGAAAUCACCUAAGAGACGUUCCGGAGGCUCUCUCUGAAAGCCAGCAUGUGACCUGUUCUCACUUGGGAGGCUGGAUCUUUUCCAAUCCGGAAGGAGUGUGCACAGCAGGAAACUCCAAUUACCAGUAUGCCGCUCCUCUGCCUCUGCCUGCUCCCCACACCCACCAUGGCUGUGAGCACUAUUCGGGCCUCCGAGGACACCGGCAGACUCCCUACCCUUCUGCAUACAUGCAUAGAAACCAUUCUCCCUCAGUGAAUUUGAUAGAAAGCUCAAGCAAUAAUCUGCAAGUUUUCUCGGGACCUGACAGCUGGACUUCCUUAUCCUCCACACCCCAUGCCAGCAUCCUGUCUGUACCCCACACCAACGGACCAAUCAGUCCAGGUCCCAGCCCCUAUCCGUGCCUGUGGACCAUCAGCAAUGGUGCCGGAGGCCCCACUGGGCCAGGCCCGGAGGUGCAUGCCAGCGCCCCAGGAGCAUUUCUCCUCGGAAACCCAGCUGUGACUUCACCCCCUUCUGUGCUCUCCACCCAAGCACCCACUUCGGCUGGUGUGGAGGUUCUGGGGGAGCCCUCGCUAACCAGCAUUGCUGUGUCCACCUGGACAGCAGUGGCCUCGCAUCCCUUCGCGGGUUGGGGUGGCCCAGGGGUGGGUGGGCACCAUUCUCCUUCCUCAUUGGAUGGUUAAGCAGGAUCCUAGGAGCCUCUGUCCACAGAGAUCCUUCUAUGUGUAGAGCGCUUAGAAACCCCAUCUACUGAUCUAGUGAGUCAGACUGUGGAAUCUCCCUUCCCACUAGCUGGAGGCGGAGGUGAGUUAUUACAGAAGUCAUACUAGGAAAGGGUUCAGUUUGGAUGAUGCUAGUUAUGUCAAUUGCAUCUCUCCACCAUUUUCUUCUGCACUCCCAUUUUCUCUGCAGCUUAUUCUUGCCAUGCUUAGGUGACAGAAGUUUGUGAAGUACCAUUCUUGUGCUCUGCCCCUUACUCUCAAAUUGUUCUGGAAAGCCUCACUUCCUUUUCUGUGGAGAAGGUGCAAAGCUGUUAAAUGAGCUCAAAGUUUACCUAGCUAAGGCCACUGCUUCCUGCUUUGUGCAGCCUGGAAAGUAUGUGUGGUUAUGGGGCUCAGAUUUGCACUUCUGCUUUGAGACCAGGCGUGGGUGUAAGCCAUAGAGUAAAGUUAACAAAAAGAAUAAAACUAAUCAUGUAUUACUCAUAGCAGUGUGCCCAGACUUGUGGAAAUGAAGUCAUGUCACUCCUCAGCUCACAAACCUUCAAUGGUUCACCAUUACCAAUGGAAUGAAGUCGGAUCUCCUCACUAUAGCUGGGUGUGGUAGCUUAAGCCUAUAAUCUCAGCCCUUUUGGAGGCCAAGGUAGGAGGAUCGUGUGAGGUCAGGAGUCUGAGACCAGCCUGUGCAACAAAGUGAGAGCCUG